AUUUUUAAAAUGGCAGAUGAGCAACUUAUACAAACCUUAAUUUCACCUUCCAGUAAUUAUGAUGAAGAAUAUUCCUUGGAAAUAAGUAGACUGGUGUCUCCUACAGAGAAAGAAAUGAGCGGACAAAAAGCGGCAUCUUCAUAUUUCUGAGAUCCAAACCAUCAAUUCAGUCUUAGAACAAUCGGAAUGCGCACCAGUAGAAAUAAUGAUUCGAGGGAAGCUGUGAUGAAUCACUUUGACCCUAAUGGAUUGUCGCAAAAGUUUACGAUUUCGGAAGAAAACAACAGUAUUGGAUCAAAAGAUUUAUUCAACUUCUCUCUCUCAGAUACUCGAAAAGAGAUGUCCUCCAUUGCUCUGGAGGAGCCAGAGAUAAGGGAGAAAAUCUGCACUCCUCAGGAGGAAGAAGAAGAGAAUGAAGAUUCAGAUCCUUUGACACCUCAAGAACUUCAAGAAUACAUGAUUCUUCAGCAGCGAAGAGCUGAACUGGAAUCAAGAAUUAGACAGAUCGAAGAGAAGAAGCUUAAAUCAGACAAAUCAUCUGAAGGCAGGAUACCUAGGAAAAUAAACGAGAUCAGUGAGAAAUAUGGCCAACCUGAAGGAUCGCCAACUAUAGAAAAUGACCAAUCUCAAAAGCAAGGAGGAAAUGAUAGCGUUCAGACUGUUGUAGGGGUUCAUACAGUUACAAUGCCUUCAACUCACAUUAAGGAUAAAACUUCUACAGAAAGUGAUACCACCCAGAGCUGUAUGGGACCUACCUUUAUCAGUAGAAACAUCACUGCGAGCACUUUAGACCCAAGACACCCUAAAAACCACAGUGGAGAUUACAAAAUAAUAAAAUCAAGGAGAGGAAUUCCGGUUGAAGACACCACCUAUGAGGGAGUCUACUUUAAGCAUCUCGAAAUGAAUGAUGAUGACAAAAAGAAACCCCUCACUGGCAAAAAGGAAUACCAAGAUAUUUUCAACAACAACUGAAUCAACCUUGAUGUCCGAAGGGAACUUUCCUUUGAUGAAAGUCAUGAUAAUGAACUCCCACCAAUAGAAGAAAAUAUCUGUGAAAAUAUGGAGAGCUCUACUGAUAGAAUCUGUGAAUUUGACGAGAAUCAAGAGCCAAAUAGGAACCUUAAUGCUGCUAUUAGAAGCUUUAUAGAUGAUAGGACUGCCAAACGCUCUUCUGUAAAAGAUAGCUCAGUCAGUAUGGGCUCUCACCAUAGAUCUAAUAGCUCAAUUAAGGAAAAUAUAAGAUACUCUCAGGUGGAUGAAGACAAGGAAAAUUCUACACUUAGCAAAAUCCUUGACCGUGUCGAACUAAAAUACAUUACUAAUAACUCAGAAAGAAGGAAGGAGAGACAACAGUACGAAGAAGAUGUCGAUGAGUGCAAGAUGCUUAUAGAUUUCCAAAAUACCAGCCACCUCAAGGAAACUCCAAAUAUAUCAAGUUCCAGUAAUAUGAAGAGUUAUGGAAAAUAUGACAGUGAGUCCCAAAAGCCAACUGGGAAGAAAUUUAUUAGACAUACCAGAAGAAGCUCUUACCAAGACCCAGAAGAAGUUAUCCCAGUCAAAGAGGUCAACAUCUUUGAUAUUCAUGCUAAUUUUGAUGACAGAAUCACAAAUCUGAGGUCAUUUUAUGAACCCGAGAAUCAAGAUCCAGACAAAGUUGUAUUGGAAUGGCAGAAUAUUGACAAUAUGGGAACUUCUCCUGUGGAGCUUAACCCCUCUCCCGAGGAAGAUAAUAACCAAAAGACUCUCAGCUACAUUUCAGAUCAGAACUCUGAAAUGAAAGAUCCUUCAAUUAUGGAAUUGUUCAGUGAAGAUAAUCAGCCAAUAAUUGAGGAGGAAGAGAAAAGGCCAUUCUCACAACUAGAAAUUACCAAGAAAAGAGCUAAUAACCCAAGUAUGAUCCAACUGAACAAAUUUAAAACCUUCAACAAUGGAUCUCUCUUAGAAGGCUCUUUAAACCCUACAGAGAGUAAAGACUCUGAAGCUCUCAAUUCAAAAUUCACUUCCCACACAAUCCAGUGAAGAGAGAAGAAGGCUCCAAAACAGAAGAAGACAACAAUACUUUCUAAGAGGAGGUCUCUCAGUCGGAACGAAAAGGUUGUUGAUACUAAAAAGCGGAAGCAUGCUUAUAACUACAUCAAGAAGAACAUCCAGUCGAUUCACUCUCAGACUUAUAGCAGCAACUCUGAAACUGUUGAUAAGAGGUUCCAGUAUGAGAAAUCUAGUACUUAUAUGAAAGAUACAGAGAGCUUGAAGAUUCGCAAAGGGAUUUCAAAGAAGCCUAAAAUCUCUAAGCCCACCAAAACGAAGACAGUCAAAAUGUCUAUUAGUGAAGAUGGCCAAGGAAAGAUUUUGAAAACUGAUGGAAGCUUAAGAGGAAGUAAGGAGUCUAUCUCCUUCAGAGGAAGCAUCCAAUCUAAAAAUACACCAUAUAAUACAGAAGAUUCAUUGAAAUUUUCAGGGUUUAGCAGCACAAAGCCUAAUACUCAGACUACCUCUGAUCAAACUAGGGCUCUCAGGUCUAAUCCAGGAUCUUCUGAGCAAGAUAAGUCUAAAAAGAUAGCCCAUGCUAAAAGGCUCUUAAAUAAUAGUAAGAGUCAGAACUUAUUUGAGAAAAAUCCAAUUAGAACCAACUCAAAGAAUAACAGACUGAAGAAAAUGAAGAAUAGACUAGACAGACAGAGAAAUUUGAUUAAUGAAAUUACUAGUAUAAAACAGCAGAUGUCUACCAGAAUCCCACAGAAAAUCCAGAAGAGGUCUACUUCUAGGACGAACAGAAGGAACACAGUGCUGCCAAAGGAAACCGGCACACAGAAUCCUAAUAAAAUUCUAGCCUCUCGUAGUAGGAGUAGGACAGGAAACAGUAACUCUAAGAUCCCUAAAACAAGCACUAAGAAGGUUGGGAUAAACAAGAUAGCUCAUCAUACUUCCAAGCUAAGUAGGAACAACUCCUCAAAUAACACGAAGAGUUUAAAGACUAGGUCCUUUAUGAACUCAACGGCAACCUACUACAACAAAGGGAACCAGUAUUCUGGAAAGAGCAUGAGCGGGAACAAGCCAAGGGUAUAUCCCGCCAAAGAGCAGUGUAACAAGGAUUCCAUUUAUACUACAAAAGGCAAAGAUAGCUACACCAAAAUCAUGAAGAAAAGGCAGAGUAUUUCCCUCAAUAAGAACAAGCUUGGCUUAAAGAAACAGAAUCGGUCAAAGAGUAGAAGAAGCAGUAACUCUAGAAAUGUGGCUUGUAAGGUAAUCCACAGGUGUGGAAGUGUAGGCCAUGUCUCCCCAAUGAAUUCCCUUAGGGAGAACACCAGCACCCAGAACAGUAGGAAGAAUAUUAGGAAAGGAAAUGCUGGAAACACCACUGGAAGUGAUAGAAGCACCAACAAAUUUAUGAGAAGCAGGAAAAGCCAUUCCACUCUUGCAGAGAAUAAUCAAGGAUUAAAUGAUGUCAAAGAGAGUGUUCAUAAUCAUCUGGCAGGUAAAGGGAUAAUCUCUUCUUUUGCAGGCAUUGAAACAAUCACUUUCAACUUAUCCUCCAAGGUGAAAAUGCUGAAAGAGACAAAUUUUUUCUAAUAAAGUCUAUUUAGAAGCAUAAUUCUUCAAUUUA